AUGACUUCUGCCGUCGGGCCGACCGUCACGACGAAGACGACGAUACCAAUGCCGAAUCCGGUGAGUGUGUUUUUCAAUUAUGAUGAUCAAUUAGGACCCGUUUUCAAAUGUUGAAAUGGCAAAACAGUGUUCACUACAGAAACCACGUCUCUCGGCGAUGACGGUCAACUACAAUCAGGAGGUGUCCUCUGUCAAUUCGUUCACUUUUGUGAAGCUGUUAAUGAGGUCGUCGACCUCGUUUUUAGUAGUUUUCCUCCUAAAUGAAAGUGAUAUUUUCAGAUGGCGUGGCUCUAUUUUGAAGUCGGUCCGAUGGGAAUUGAGUAUGUGGUGUGUGGCGUUCGCGGCCGUGCAAGCUGUGUACCGCUGCUUCAUGACUUCCGAGCAGCAAAGGUUUGUGGAGGGGGGGUUGAGACUGAGCACAUUCUAACUAGGGAAUGAAAAGUUGGUCUUUUGAGAGACCAUCAGUACUCAUUCCAUUUUAGAUUCUUCGAGCACGCAGCGAUCCACCUGAACAUCCGUCUCGUCCACAUCCCGCUCACCUUCAUGCUCGGAUUCUUUGUAACAAUUGUGGUGGAUAGGUGGAGAUCAGUUUUCACAAAUAUUGGAUUUAUUGAAAAGUAUGUGUACAUCAUACUUUACAAUUCCAAUUACAAUUUGAGCGCGGCGCUCUCCAUCGGAACCCUUGUUCACGGCAGAGAUCAAGCGGCAAAAGUGCUCCGACGCACAAUAAUCCGUUAUUUGGUGCUAUCACAAGUGCUCGUGCUCCGCGACAUCUCGAUACGCGUCCGUCGCCGAUUUCCGUCGAUGGAAUCGCUCGUCACCGCCGGCUUUGUCUACAAAGACGAAUUGGAGAAGAUGUACGAGUGCGAGACGGUCUACAACAAGUACUGGCUGCCCGUACACUGGGCCAAUCAGCUCGUCUACAAGGGUUUUUCGGAGAUGAAAAAUGUGGAUUCUGUGCAGAGUAUGAACGCGAUUCUAUGCGUGAGUUUGUCAAGCUCGCUCUAAAAAGUCAGCUGCCCGUUUAGAAUAUCAAAGAGUUCCGUCAAUCCAUGGAAAUGCUGUGUAAAUAUGACUGGGUACCAAUUCCGAUCGCCUAUCCUCAGGUACCACGCUUUUUUUCCCUUCAAAUUUCACCGCUUUUACGUACUUUCCAGGUUGUGUUCUUGGCGGUCCGAGUGUACUUUUUGAUUUGUCUCAUCUCCAGACAAUAUCUGCUGACCGCGCCGGCUUCUGAAGCGCCAUCAAUCUUUCCGAUCAUGACUAUUCUGCAGUUUAUCUUCUUCGUCGGAUGGAUGAAGGUACGGAGGGUGGCACGAAAAAGUCGGCAAGUCUUCUGUGUUACAGGUAGCCGAAGCCCUGCUCAACCCACUUGGCGAAGACGACGACGACUUUGAGUGCAACUUUUUGAUUGACAAGAACAUGUCAACCGGAAUGGAAAUUGUCGACACGUGCCACGACUCUUGCCCUAUUCUGAAGCUUGACGAACCCGACGAUAGGACCAUGUUCUGGUGCAGGUACUGUGAUUACUGUAAUAGGUUAGCUGCCAAUAGAGAUAUCAAAAAGUUGUCAACUGAUGAAUUGCUCAAAAAGACAUUUUACACAUUUUAUCAGUUGAUAACUUUUUGAUAUACACGGAACCCCAGCCCCUUCCAAUAAAAAAUUCCCUUGGCGCAAUUCACGUGCGCUAAACAAGGCGCGUAACGCGUAAUUCCGGAGCGUCGUUGUAGAGUUUCUCAUUUCAAUUUUCCCUUUUUUUGCAUUAUCCCCAUCUUUUCAGAACCAAUCAGUGUCAAAACUUAUGAUAAUGAUUAGAAAUAAAAAAAAAUGAAAUGUUAACUGCUUCGUCAUCAAUUUCGAAACGCUUUAUGUGAAAACUACAGAAUUUUUUCCUUUUGGAAUCGAAAAUUUGCCUCAAUUAUCUCAAUUCUGUAUAUUUUUCGACGGUUGAGCGCUUAAAAGAUGCGCAAUAAACUCCUUGUUGACUGGACGGUUCGAAUGCCAGUGUCCGAACUCGAUUCGGCAAAUAAUCGUGAAAACUCCGUUUUUUUUCAGUAGUUUUCGACAAAAUCCCUCAAUUUGGUCAAUUCUGAACGAAUCUGCUCAGUUUCGCGCUUGAAUCGAUGCUUUUAACUCAGACAAUCGCCCUACGGUUCGCAAAGAACAAAAUUUGAGUGUUUAUUAAGAGAAAAAUGAACGAAUUCUGGUUUUCAAUUGAAAAAAGAAACGUCGAGUCGACAGUGGAUGCAAGCGCGCCCCAUUGACAACUCGCUUGCGCAUUGGAAUGUUGGGGUUCCGUGUGAUAUCUUGUUUGAAUGGACGAUAGUUCAACAUUCUACAAUCUUAAUACAACACAAAUAAUUUUCAGUCGGAAAACACGCGCCACACCGUCGGCGAUCACCUCUUCGGCCAGGGACAAAUUCCACAAAGUGCUCAACAUGGUGCAUCCAUCGUCACCACACUCGCCGUCCACAAAAUCCUUCGGCUUGUCUGCCUCGUUGGAGGAGGAUCGGAAAUAA